UUUUUUUUUUUAAUCUUUUUAAAAACAAAAUAGUAAAAAUAAAAAUUAAAGAAAUACAAAAAGGGAAAAAAAAAGAGAAAAAAGGCAGGGGUGUCGUCUGUUCAUCUCUGGCAUCCUAGAUAGAGAAGAAUCUCUUAAGAGAGAUAAAGAGAGAAGAGAAGAACCAAAAACCAAAAAGAAUGCCUCUGGUUCGGUUUGAAGUGAGAAAUGAGUACGGGUUAGGACAGGGUGAGCUUUAUAGGGAAGCAAACAGUGAAGGAGAUUCAAAAGCUGUGCUCGAUGGUGUUGCUGUUGCUGGCUUGGUUGGGAUCUUGCGACAAUUAGGCGAUCUUGCCGAAUUUGCAGCAGAGGUUUUCCAUGGCUUACAAGAGCGAGUGAUGAGUACAGCUUCUAGAAGUCAUAAAUUGAUGGUUCGCGUGCAAAACAUUGAAGCUGCGCUACCUCCUCUUGAAAAGGUGGUGCUUGCCCAAACAAGCCACAUACAUUUUGCUUACACACCUGGUUCUGAGUGGCAUCCUUGUAUUCAAAACAAACAAAAUCAUUUCAUCUACAAUGACCUGCCGCGAUUCAUUAUGGACUCCUAUGAAGAAUGUCGUGAUCCUCCACGUUUGCAUUUGCUUGACAAAUUUGAUACUGGUGGGCCAGGGUCCUGUUUAAAGAGAUAUUCGGAUCCGGCCUACUUUAGGAGAGUAUCUGGUAAUGUCACGGGACCGGAUGCUGAGAAACUCCCAAAAGAUAAGAUAGCUCGGAAAAGCAAGAAAAAACAUUCAUCACCAAGGAAUGGAGACGUGGCCCAUUAUGCAUCAAUGUCAAAUCAUAGUGGCAGAAUGCAAUUUUCCACUCCAAAUGGCAAUGGGCAGACCUCUCCUUCUCAUACAACUUCUACAAUUGACACGACGUUAAAAUCUGAUGCGGGUGAUCAUUCAAAUUCUUUUGAUUCAAGAACCGGGUCAGGGUAUAUUGAAUGUGUGUUCCAUCUAAAUUCCUCUGUGCAAGCUGAAGAAGAGGAACCUAAGGAAUUCUCUUCAAGGUUCAUGCAGCAGAAUGAUGUCCCUGAUUCAGUUUUUCCUGAUCGACAACCUGGGAUGGUAGAUAACAAUUUUCAUCACACUUCAUCACCAGAGCAGAUUGCUGCCCCUAUUUCAUCUUUUGUUACUUGGGAUGAAAAGGAAGAAAUAGUGGAGCCUAGUGGUCAGCAAUAUGAUGAAGAUGAAAUUUCAGAGGUGCUCGCAGCAGAGCCUGACCUAAAUACACACGAUAGAUCAACUGUCAAUCUUAAAAAUCCUAAUCCUCUGGAUAUUGUACUUGAUGGUGCAAAUACACCAAAAUCAAGCUCUAGCAGGAGCCAGCUUGAUGAGGUUGAAAGCGAGCCAGAUGAUUUCAUGGAUGCACUGAACACCAUAGAGUCAGAAUCUGAAAAUGACAUCGAUUGCCAAACAAAAUGUGAAGUGGAGCAAUUUUCCUCCAGUGUUAACAAUGAAGUUGAGGAGACAAUACUCGAGGUAACAUCACAUAUUUCAGACCAUCAUCCAUCUGAAUAUGAAUCUUGUACCUUAUCUGUAAUUUCCUCAAAUGAAAAAUCUCCCUGUGAGUUACCCAGCUCAGUUUCCUUGAAGAGUUUUGCCUAUGAACAGGAAUCUCAUGUAUCUGGAAAUUCUUCUAAGCUGGACAGUUCACCAGGCAUUGAAUGUUCUACAAGUGCUAAUGUCCUAGAUAAUUCAAAAGUAGAAUCUGUUAGUGAUCCUCCUUCAUCUUCUGUCUCUACGACUUCAAUUUCAAAUGCAGAAGGGCCAUUGAGUGAUAAAAUCAUAAGUAGUUCCAACAAGUCUCAAGAAUCUCAAAAUGAUUUUUCUAGUGUUCAGUCUACUACAUUCUGGACAAAUGGUGGCCUGUUAGGACUUGAGCCUUCAAAGCCUCCAGAUUUUGCUGUAUCAAAUGCUAAAAGUCCAGAUUCUGUGACCAGAAGUAAAGAUGAGACAGGGCUGCCUACAAAUCACGCUUCCAUGCCAAUCAAUGAUGGAGGAAAACCUGGCAGAUUGAUCAAGGAUGCAGGAAGCAUCGAAAGGGCUCGAACUUCCAAAGGCUCCACAUCAUGGCAUGAUGAUCAAGAUUCCAAAGUUGAAAAACCUGGUGAUUUUCAUCAAGGCAAUAGAAUUAGUCAUGGCUAUGAGGAUGGACGAAAUAUUACUAGUGCAGUAACACCCGGAAAUGAGUUGCAGCAUGAUUCAUACCCCAAAGUUCCACCUAUUGAAUCCAGUCAGGAAAAUGAUGAAAACUCAUAUCAAAGGCUUGGAUUUGGUCAUAGGUUACUUGUCAAUGGUUUUAGUAGAAAGGUGUCACUGGUCCAUGAUGGUGAAUUUGAACCGGCUAGGUUGCUGAGAAGUGGUGCAUUAGAGCAGCAGAGCUGGCACAAUGAAGUUACAUAUCAAGCAACUCCAGAGAAAGCAUACAACAAGCAGCUGGGACAUAAAUAUUCUAUCGAUUCAAUCACGUCUUCACCACCAUUAGAACAUAUGAAAAUAUCUUUCCAACCUAUUGAUGGCUUUGAGGAUUCUAAACUGAAACUGAAGUUUCCUGAUGGGAACCAUGGUAAUGAAAGCAUUAGAGACAUGUUUCCAUCAUUUCAAUUGAUUCCGGAGACUGCCAUUCCACUGUGCAAUGUGGGUUCUGACUCUGAUGAUGAUACAUUCUGUAGAUCUUCUCCUUAUAUGUCUGAUGAUCAUCUUAGCCAUCACUCUGAAUCAGAUUCUGAGCAGUGGGAUUCUGAUGAUUCUCCUGAAAGCAAGGACGAUGAGCUAUAUGAUGCUUUGCGCAGAAUAUCUCCAGUUGAAUCUUUGUCAAGCUCUCUGCAGCCUGGAGAAGCUGGCAAUAAUCAAAGUACAUAUACCGAGAAUGGCACAGAUCCAUCUCUCUCUGCAUCUUCAUUGGAUCUUCCAUGUUUUGAUGCCAUGAACUCUGUAGUGUAUGGAGAAAAAAAGGAUAAUUUGCAUGAAAGGAAUCAACAAGAGUUGGAGUAUCUUAAAGAUUCCACCCCAUUGCCACCACCUCUUCCCCCAGUUCAAUGGCGAGUUUCCAAGCCCAACUCUGAUAUAUCAGAAGGCAAACUACAUGCUCUAUCCGAAGGUCAUGAACAUGGAUUUGAUAUAAAACCUUUGGAAUCUACUGUACCCCAGCAACCUAAGCCAUCCCCAGCUGAUGAUCACAAAAUGAAUGAGGAUACCAUUGCAUUUAAACCAAAAAGCAAGGAACUGGAUCAGCAGAAGUUGAAUUGUCACAAAGAAGCUAAUCAAUAUGCAAAUGGCAAGGAUAUAGAUGAAAAGGAUGAUUUCUUGCAUCAAAUCAGAACCAAAUCAUUCACUCUGAGACGCACCGGAAAAGCAAAGCCAUCUUUAUCCUCAGGUCCCACUGCGAAUAACAAAGUCAGUGCUAUUUUGGAGAAAGCAAAUGCAAUCCGCCAGGCUGUUGCGAGUGAUGAUGGGGAAGAUGAUGAUACUUGGAGUGACACUUGAUUGAUUUAGAAGGUUGUGCAACUUCGUCAAAAGCAAAUCCUCUUGUUUCCAAGCUACUAAAUUUAAUGGAUUGAUCAUUUUGGAAUGUUUAUGAUAAGUGGACUCUUCUUGAUCAUCUUGUGAGCUGUGCAACAAUUCUCUUGUAUUUCUGAGCUGGUUAAGUUGGGGCCAUGUCAUAGAAUGUAUAUGUGAAUAAUCCCAAUUUCAUUGUGUAAUUAAUUUGUAGCGUUUCUCUUGGUAGUAUCUUAUUGCGAAUAUUUGCUUUGAUUUUGGAGUUAGGAUUCAUUCUGUAAGCAAUGGAAUAGGCUGCUAAGUAGGUCUCAUGUGAUGUAAUUUUCUUCUUCCAUGAGGUAAUUAUUAUUCAUGCAUGAUGCCAGAAUAAGAGAGCACCGAAAAGUUAGUUUCCCUGUGUUUUA